AUGAGUAGACUUUUUAGUCGGGUUGGAUAUGGUUCAAUCCGCGCAUCAACUGCAGUAGCAUCACGCCCAAAAACUGCUACCGUUAAAACUAAUCCUGAUUUUGUAUUGAGGGCGUCAGCAGCAAAUGCAAAUUAUUCAAGCCGUAGUUUAGUUCCAAAUUCUGGAAAAGGCAAUUUCUUCACAAGUACACUCAAUUCCACUCACUUUGGGCGUGCUCCUGCAGGCAGUAUAUUUGCAGAUCGAGCAUUUUACAUUCCAUCUGAAAAAGAAAGAGCAGAAAAUCCACAAUUAUUACUCGAACUACUUAGAACAAUGACACCAAAGAAUUCUAUUCGAUAUUUAGAUUCAAAUCCAGUAUUUCUUCGCGCAUUUAGUUCAACUGGGUUUGUAGACACAGAUAUUGUUAGUUCAGUAUCAGUGUCUCUUACUCCAGCUGAAUUACAAAAGUUUUUAUCAAAUUUCACGUGCGAAACAAAUUUAUUUACAACAAUCAACCAAUGUACAAAAAUUUCCGACUUUGAAACGAAAUUACUGUCAAUAAUACCUAUAGAAAGAGUUAUUUACUGGCGUUGCUAUGAAAAUGCAGAGUAUUUAUAUUCAGAAAAGAAUAAAAUCGUUGUUGCUAGAGGAGAAUCAAUUCUUAACAAUGCCAUUGAAAAAGCAGACGAUAUAUUUUACAAAGAUUGCCUUGAUGCUCCAUAUUUUUCCAAAGAAUUUGAUGCAUCAAUUGUUAUCGGCUUCAAAACGAUGGCUUUGUUGCCAGUUCGUUCCGAAAACAAACAAAUUGUUGGUAUUUUACAAUUCAUUGGUUUCAAACGUGCAAUUGGAGAAAGUGAAACCGAAUUUACUCCUUAUUACACAGAAACUCUAAAAAUUAUCAGGACAAUCUUCGAAAAGAAGUUUGCAAAGCCACAAAUAAAAGGAAUACCUGUCAACAUUACACAAAUCUUUAAAGGAAUCGACAGAUGUUCGAUCAAAACAACUUCGCAAACUUUGAUUCAAUUUUUCGUUUCAAACUUCAAAUGUACAGCAGCAGAUGUAUACGAAUUCUCUCCUAAAACAAAUACAUUGACAAGGCUAACAGAUGGGCAGACGUUUAAAGAGGAAGAAGGAGGAGUUUCAUAUGAAAGUGCGAAAAAUAAAUCAACAAUUUUUAUUCCUGACAAAUAUGAGAAAAAUUUUGCAUUUUUCAAUGAAAAAAUCGAUGGAGAACUUCUUUCUAGAUCAAUAUUAUCUACUACAAUGCAGUACAUGCAAAGAUUGUUUGUUGUUACGCUUAGAGGUAAAGAAGAACUUUCAACAUUUACUCCUGAAGAUGGAAUUCUUUUGUCAUCACUUUCUCCAAUUAUUACUGAUGUUUUAAGAGUUGCAACAUGGUUAGAUGGACAAUCUCGUGAUGAUAAGACAACAAGCGUUCAAACAGGACUUGCAAAAGUCGCUUGCAAAGCUUUGGAAUCAUCUGCAGAAAAAGGAAAUGAACCUUGGAAAGUUUUAUCAGAAGCUUCAAUGAAAUUGUUUGGUUCUGACUUGUUUUACGUUGCAUCUUUCGAUGGAAGAAAUAUAACUUUGACACCUGGUGGUGCAACAUGCAAGUUUGAAGAAUGUGCUGCUGGUCUUGCAUUCAAUUAUAGAGAUACAUUGAGAACUAAAAAAGGAGAACAGAAUUUUAAUGAAAAAAUGUAUGAAAAUUGCGGUGUUGAAGUGAAAGAAACACUUGCAUUCCCUUACAAAGCAAAUGGAAGAAUUGCUGGUGCUAUCGAAAUUAUUAAUCCGAAAGAAGAAAUUCCACCUGAAGCAAUGACUGUUUUUUCUGAUUUGUUAGGUUUGUUAUAUGUACCAAAUCAAAAAUGA